GGACAGUUUUAACUGAUGGACAGUAGUAUGUUUACACGUGAGGCUCGUGCAACUGUUUAAAAAAUCAAGUAUCAAAUCUUAAAUGUUGUUCUCUUAUGCAUCGUAAUUAAAAGGUUCAGAAUGGGGAAACUAAGGAAGAGACACAACUGGAAAGGAAGACAGCAAAGCGACCCUCAAGAAUCAUCGACUGAAGUGAAGUCAGAAAUUGUGAUAGAAUUGCAAGAUGGAGCCAAGCUGAAAGGUGUGGAUGAGAGCAACGCUUUGGUGCUUCCAGCCAGCAGAGCGACCAAGAAGAAGAAGAAGGAUUCUCUGCAGACUGUCAGCAGGAAAAGACCUCUGACUAAAAAGCAGAGGAAGGAGCUGCAGAAGGUCCUGGAGCGCAAGGAAAAGAAAGCUCAGAGAGCAGAUAUCCUGACCAAGCUGGCAGAGGUGCAGCUUCCACAAUCUGAACUCAACCUUCUGUACACAACAUCCAAACUGGGAACCGGAGACAAACUUUACCAGGAUAAACAGUCACUGGAUGAAGUAGAAGAUGGACACUCGGCUCCAAAGAUCAGCAGUGUCAGUGGUGCGAACAGGAAGAGAAAAUGGAAAGAGGAAGAGGAGGACGACGAAGAUGAUGAUGAAGAAGAAGAAGAAAAGGCAGAAGAAAGUAGUGAUCCGAACACAUCGUCAUCAGAGGAGGAAGAGGAUGAUAACACAGAGACAAAUGAACCUACAGAGACCAAACCUCCCUGUCAGGACACAGAAUCUACAACGAAUGAGAAGGAAGCUCUAGAGGAACAGAAACAGAAGGGGAUGACUGAUCAGGAGCUAAUCCAAAACAAGAAGCAAUCUGAGCCGACUGUCUUCAUUCCUGUUUUCAGGUCACCAAAAAUACAGGAGGCUCGUCUGAAACUGCCGGUGCUGGCAGAGGAGCAGGUCAUCAUGGAGGCGGUGAGAGAGAAUCCCUGCAUCGUCAUCUGUGGAGAGACGGGCAGUGGAAAAACCACACAGGUGCCUCAGUUUCUGUAUGAGGCUGGCUACGCCAGUGGCACGGGGAUUAUUGGCAUCACAGAGCCGAGGAGAGUCGCAGCUGUCAGCAUGUCUCACAGAGUAGCCAAAGAGAUGAACCUGCCUACAAAGGUGGUUUCAUACCAGAUUCGAUAUGAAGGCAAUGUGACAAGCGACACAAAGAUCAAGUUCAUGACAGACGGUGUCCUGCUGAAGGAGAUUCAGAAGGAUUUUCUUCUUCAGAAAUACACUGUAAUAAUUAUAGAUGAAGCACAUGAAAGGAGCGUCUACACAGACAUCCUCAUCGGGUUAUUGUCCCGCAUCGUCCCCCUUAGAAACAAGAAACAGAUGCCUAUGAAGCUGCUGAUAAUGUCAGCUACUCUGAGGGUGGAGGACUUCACAGAAAACCAGAAGCUGUUCCGGACGCCUCCGCCCGUCAUCACAGUAAAUGCUCGUCAGUUCCCGGUCACCAUCCAUUUCAACAAACGCACCCCACUGGAGGAUUACGCCGGAGAAGUCUUUCACAAGAUCUGCAAAAUCCACCGGAUGUUGCCCGCAGGUGGUAUCCUGGUGUUUCUGACGGGUCAGGCCGAGGUUCACGGUCUCUGCAGAAGACUCAGAAAAGCUUUCCCCUUCAGGAAAGGUGACGCGACUGCUGAAGAUGAGGAAGCCGACUCUUCAGAGGCGAUGAAGAAAUUUAAGAAGGCCAAACAGAAGAAGACUGUCUCUCUUCCCCGAAUCGACUUGGAUAACUACUCUGCGCUGCCGGUGGAUGAAGGGGAUGAAGACAGGGAGGCGGGGAUUGGAGAUGAGGAGGAUGGCGGCUCAGACGUCGACCUUGGAGACGACCCCUCUGAAACAGAGGAGAAGUCCGACCCAUCCAUCCCUCUCUACGUUCUCCCACUCUACUCCCUGUUGGCCCCCGAGCAGCAGGCUAAGGUGUUCAGGCCUCCUCCGCCUGGUACUCGUGUUUGUGUGGUGGCCACCAACGUGGCGGAGACAUCUUUGACCAUUCCUGGCAUAAAGUACGUGGUCGACUGCGGUCGAGUCAAGAAACGUUUCUAUGACAGAGUGACCGGGGUGUCGUCUUUUAAAGUCACAUGGACCUCGCAGGCCUCGGCCAAUCAGAGAGCAGGCAGAGCCGGACGAACAGAGCCAGGACACUGCUACAGGUUGUACUCGUCUGCCGUGUUCGGAGACUUCAGUGAGUUCUCGGAGGCGGAGAUCACUCGCAGGCCUGUGGAGGAUCUGGUUUUACAGAUGAAGGACCUCAACAUAGACAAGGUGGUCAAUUUUCCCUUUCCCACACCUCCCUCCUCCGAGGCUCUGGUUGCAGCUGAGGAGUUACUGGUCUCACUGGGAGCUCUGGAAGAGCCGCCGCGCACCGGAAGCAUGAGAGAGAUCCAGCGGGCAAAGCUGAGCUGUCCCAUCAACCCGCUGGGCAGAGCGAUGGCUUCGUUCCCUGUGGCGCCGCGUUACGCCAAGAUGUUAUCACUGGGGAAGCAGCAGGACUGCCUGCCGUACAUCAUCGCUGUGGUCGCAGCCAUGACUGUCCGGGAGAUCUUUGAAGACCUUGACAGACCUGCACAUAGCGAAGAUGAAGACGCUAAGCUCACCCAGCGUCGAGCCCGACUGACCCAAUUGAGGAGGUUGUGGGCUGGACAUGGAACCGCGCUCCUGCUGGGCGACCUCAUGGUCAUGCUGGGCGCUGUUGGUGCUUGUGAAUUCGCUGGCUGUACUCCCAAGUUUUGUGAGGACAGUGGGCUGCGGUACAAAGCCAUGGUGGAGAUCAGGAGGCUCAGAGGUCAACUGACUAACGCAGUGAAUUCAGUGUGUCCAGAAGUGGGGAUAUUUGUGGAUCCCAAGAUGACCCCGCCAACGGAACACCAGGUGGUUUGCUUGCGGCAGAUUGUUCUAGCCGGACUCGGAGACCAUCUGGCGCGGCGCGUGCAGGCAGAAGACCUACUGGACCCAAAAUGGAAGAAUGCUUACAAGACUCCUCUUAUGGAUGAGCCCGUGUUCAUUCAUCCUAGCUCUGCUUUGUUUAAAACACUGCCGGAGUUUGUUGUCUACCAGGAGAUAAUGGAGACCACCAAGAUGUACAUGAGAGGUGUUUCAGCUGUUGAAGCAGAGUGGGUCCCUCGGCUUCUGCCUCAGUACUGUCACCUCGGCCCCGCUCACGAGUCCCCGGUGCCGUGGUUCUGCUGCUCCACCGGCACCAUCAGAUGCCAUCGGCCAAGCACCUUUUUCCGCGUAGGCUGGCAGCUCCCUGCAGUGGAGAUGGACUAUCCAGAAGGACUUGACCGCUACAAACUGUUUACACGGUUUCUUCUUGAGGGACAGGUUUGUCCCAAUCUACAGAAAUACAGUGGUCAUCUUCUUUCCAACCCCUCCAUCAUGCUGAAAACAUGGGCAAAGCUUCAGCCCAGAACGGAGGCUUUACUGGGACCACUGGUGUCAAAGAGGGUUGACUCCAGAGAUGCCCUGUUUUCUGUGUGGAGGAGUGAAGAAAAAUUUCUCUUGUCUGCAUACUGCCAGUGGUUACCUGAGGCCAUGCACCAAGAGGUUUCCAAAAGUUGGCCUCCAAUAUAAAUGCAGCAUUCAUCAGUUAAAAGUGGCGCAAUGAACUUCUAACCAUCUACAUUAAACUAAAUAAUCUGCAGAGCCCAUUUUGUUCUGGAAACACUUUCCUCAGAUUUAGCUUUUUUUUAAUGUUUUAUCAAAGUUUAUCUACAGUAUUCUAAACUUGACUUGCCUCAAUUUUGUAUUUUAUACAUUGCUCUCGCUCUGUAAUGAUUUAUUGUGUGCUGCUGUCUUUUAUGCAUAAGUGAUUUGGUCUUCAUAAGACUUAUAAAAACUGAUGCUGUGAUAAAA